AUGUCAGAGCUGGUCAACAUUAUGUUUGCCGAACUUAUUGGCAAAAUCAUGGAGGUCUACAUGGACGAUAUGCUAGUCAAAAGCCUCCAAGUGAAUGAACACGUAAGUUACCUCGACCAGACCUUUCAGAUUCUUAAGAAAUACAAAAUGAAAUUAAACCCACUCAAAUGCACUUUCGGCGUGGCUUCGAGUCAGUUUUUGGGGUACAUUGUGAACCGAAGGGAGAUCGAAGCAAAUCCGGUAAAGAUUAGGGCCUUACUGGAAAUGAGGUCGCCUCAGAAGCCGAAGGAGGUCCAGAGCCUCAAUGGUUGGAUAGUUGCGCUCAGUCGCUUUAUCUCCAGAGCCACUGAUAAGAGCCUACCCUUCUUCAAAGAAUCACUCUUGCUAUACUUGGCGGUCUCGGACGAGGUAGUCAGUGCAGUCAUAGUUAGAGAAGAAGACGAGUAUCAAUUGCCGGUGUACAAUGUCAGCAAAGCACUACUCCCGGCAGAAACCCGCUACCCGGGCAUGGAAAAAUUGGCACUCGUCCUCAUCACGGCAUCAAGAAAAUUGAGUGCUAGAAAUGGAGGCAGCAAUGGAACCAGUCAGCCCCCAACAUGGAACUUGUUUGUGGAUGGAUCCUCACGAGAAACUGGCUCCGAAGCUGGGAUCGUCUUGGAAAGCCCGAAAGGCCAGAAGCUAAAUUGCGCAGUAAGGUUUGGCUUUAAAGCCUCUAACAAUGCUGUCGAAUAUGAGGUGAACGGGAACUUUGUCGUCAAAGACAGUAGCAUGGCUGUAUAUUUAAAACUGGUCCUGGACCUAAUCCCAUAUUUCGAGAGGUUCAGAUUGAUCCAAGUCCCACGUCUCGAGAACACUCAUGGAGACGCCCUAUCAAAAUUAACUAGGAGUAAAGACUCAGAGCUGCUAAAGAUUGUCCCCAUUGAACGCGUGUCAAAGCCCUCCAUCUCCAAAGGAUCAAUCACUACCAGUUUCAAGAAACGAGGCAAGGAAGUUAAGAAGGAGAGUCGCGCACUUCGUUCUGUAAGAGGAUGUCCUCUACAAAAGAGGCUUUGCCUCACCACUUCUCCGACGUGUAGAGGGGAAGAAGCCACGUAUAUACUCAGGGAGAUCCACGAAGGGAUCUGCGAAAAUCACUCCGGGGGAAUGGCUUUGGGACAUAAAGUGCUUCGACAAGGCUACUUCUGGCCAACCCUGAAAAGGAAUGUUUGCCAAUUUGUUUAA